AGUAACCCCUCAACUAGAUUUUGUUUUGAGAGAGAGAGAGAGAGAGAGAGAGAGAGAGAGAGAGGCGCAGAGAAGAGAAGAGAGGCAUGAUGCGAGCCCGAAGAUCUCUGCUCUCGGCCUUGAUCUCUCUGCAUCUGCAAAUCCUAUCUGGCUUGGCCAACGACCCAUCAGGUGCCAAAAAUGAAAAUAAAGAUGUGAAUCAUCAUGCUUCAAGAAGCUCUGUCGGACUCAAGAUAAUUAUUAUAUUCCUCGGUGUGGUGACAGUCAUAGCAUUCUGUGUUUUUCUUUUUAAAUUAUGGCAAAAGAAGAAGAGACAAGAGCAGCAUGCUCGUCUUUUGAAGCUGUUUGAAGAUGAUGAUGAACUUGAGGUUGAACUUGGUAUGCGGGAUUGAAUACUUUAUUCAUUCACACUAGAAGAGAUUCACAUAAAUUUAUUGUCAACAAGGUAGCUAUGCUCUUUUUCCAUUAAACUCUAGCGUGGGUUAUUUUGAAAAGUUGAAAUUAGACACUGGGUUUGUUCCUCUCCUGGUUUAGCAGGGGAGAUUUAGGGUUCAAUUCCCAUGAUUGUCACUUAAUGAGAAUAACUUGAAGCAAGUUUAUAUUUUAUCAUUGUAUACUUAUUUGUAAAUCAUAUAUUGGUUCUCCGUAAUAAGGUGAUAUCUAUCAAUGAAAAGUUUUUUUAG